UAGACGUCUUUAUUAUCACUUAUGUGAUAUAUACGCACCGGCUUUCAUAACCUAUAAAAUCAUCUCUCGUUAGGUGCAAAAAUUGAACUAACUAAACGACUCUGCUUGAUUUACGGAUCUAUUUAACAGUCUGGCACUUUGAUCAUCAUCAGAGAAGUCAGAAAGUCAAUCAGGAGAUACUGACAAAGAAGAAGAAUCAUCUAAACUGGAUAUUAACGCUUAGAUAUUCAUCAAGAUUCAUUUCAUAAUGCAGUAGUUCUCUCUCAUAUGUUUCAACUUUCAACACAUAACAUCUCCAAAUUUUUAUUUUAGGCGUUUGGUUUAGUUUCAAUAUGUCGAGAGGAAUAUGCUACAGGAACUGCCUCAGACAAUAUUUGAUACGACGAAAAUAUACAGAUUCUCAUCGGACACGAGCAUGUCGUGAGAUUCAUGGAACAAUCCCUAUGUCUUCGCAUGCAUCAGCAAUUAAUGCAGAUACAACUGAACGAGCUACUGUAGAUAAAAAACCAAUGAGGAAUAUCAGAAAUGGACCUUCCUUGAAGGAUUUCUUGAGCUCAUCUGUUGUUGAUAUUUCCAGUGAAAAACCUGUUCCAUAUGUGCAGAAUAUCCAUGGCAAGAAUCAAAAAGUGUACUUUGAAAUUUUCGGUUGCCAAAUGAACGUCAAUGAUGCUGAUAUAGUAUGGUCGAUAUUGAAAUCAUAUGGAUAUAAACAUACGGAAUGUCUGGAUGAUGCAGAUAUUGUAUUAUUAGUUACCUGUUCUAUCAGAGACAAUGCCGAGCAGAAGGUAUGGCAUAAGUUGGAGAAUUUAAACGGAGUGAGAAACAAGAGAAAGAGGAUCUCUAGAUUGCCUAUGAAGAUUGGUCUUUUAGGAUGCAUGGCGGAACGUCUAAAGACUAAAAUAUUAGAUAGAGGAAAGCUGGUAGAUGUAAUAGCGGGUCCUGAUAGUUACAAGGAUUUGCCAAGGCUUCUGGCAGUAACAGAUGAUGAAACAGCUAUUAAUGUUUUAUUAUCAUUUGAUGAAACAUAUGCAGAUGUCAUGCCAGUUAGACUCAAUCAAGAUUCCACUGGGGCAUAUGUUUCUAUAAUGAGAGGUUGUGAUAAUAUGUGCACCUAUUGUAUUGUGCCAUUUACAAGAGGAAGAGAAAGAUCACGACCAAUUGCAAGUAUACUUGACGAAGUCCAGCAAUUAUCAGAUCAAGGCGUAAAGGAAAUAACUCUGCUGGGGCAAAAUGUAAACAGCUACAGAGACUUAUCGAAAUCAAAAUUUAUUUUAUCACUUAACACGGAGACUCAGCUCGCUAAAGGUUUCAAAACGGUUUAUAAGAAUAAGAAAGGUGGUUUAAGAUUUAGCGAUCUUCUAGACAAAGUCUCUUUAAUUAAUCCGGAAAUAAGAAUAAGAUUCACAUCGCCUCAUCCCAAAGAUUUUCCUGAUGAAGUAUUACACUUGAUAGCUGAAAGACCAAACAUUUGUAAACAGAUUCAUUUGCCUGCACAAAGCGGUAACUCUGUAAUUUUGGAAAGAAUGCGAAGAGGAUAUACCAGGGAAGCAUAUUUAGAUUUAGUGUAUCAUAUACGUAAUAUUCUCCCAGAUGUGUACAUUUCUAGCGAUUUUAUUGCUGGGUUCUGCAGCGAGACUGAGGAGCAGUUUCAAGACACGUUGUCGCUAAUAAAAGAAGUUAAAUACAAUAACGCAUUUUUAUAUGCCUAUAGCAUGCGUGAGAAAACUACGGCACACAGACGAUACAAGGAUGACAUUGAAAUGCAUAUAAAGAUAGAGCGUAUGAAUCGUAUGAUCGCAUUAUAUAGAAAAGAAGUAGAAAAAUUAAAUAAAACACAGAUAGGGCAGCAUCAACUUGUUCUCGUGGAGAGAACGAGCAAGAGAUCUGAUCAACAAUUACAAGGUAGAAACGAUGGUAAUAUAAGAGUUAUUCUACCAUCUACAGCUAUUCCAAUUGUUCAACACUCUACUACGACAAGGGAGAUACAGGCUGGUGAUUAUGUCGUCGUACGAAUUGACAACGCCAACUCUCAUACUUUACAAGGAGCUUCAAACGAUGGUAUCCCACCACCUGCCGCUGUAACAGGAUUUCCAUCGGCGACGCCAAAUAUUGCAUCUAGCUUUGUGCCACCUAUUAUGCCUGCGGCACCAUUUAUUCCCCCUCCCAGUUUGCCACCAGGUCCUCCGGGUAUAAUGCCACCUCAGUUUUCCAUACCUCCGCCAGGUUUUACUUUUCCUAUCACCACGGCACCUCCUCAAGAAGCUGGAGUCAUAGCUGCAUCACCACAAAUAACAGCAUCAGGAAUUCCUCCUCCUUCGCCUAUCAACAGCGAUGCCAAUACAACAAUGUCUACUUCCACAACAGAGAAGAAAACAGACUGGAGUGAGCACAAAGCACCUGAUGGCAGAACAUAUUACUAUAACAGUGUGACGAAGCAGUCGUUAUGGGAAAAGCCGGAUGAACUGAAAACUCCAAGCGAAUUGUUGUUGUCACAAUGUCCUUGGAAAGAAUAUAAGUCAGAGAAUGGCAAGGUGUAUUAUCACAAUGUAAACACUAAGGAGUCCAGAUGGACAAUACCGCCGGAGUUGGAAGAGCUGAAGACGCGAAUUAUAGCCGAGGAAGCUGCGGCGGCUGCUGCAGCGGUCGUGGCAAAUGCCACAAAUUCCAACAUGGCUCCUGUAGCAAUGCAACACUUGUCACCGAAUGUCCCGACUAUAUCGCAAACCAGUACACCAGAAUCAGGAGGGAAGUCGGCUAUCGAGCAAGCGAUGGCCGCGACCCUCGCAGCAAUUAAUAUUCCGACGCCUCCCACGAAACCGGACGAAGAUAGUAAUUCCGCGAUGGGUUCGGCCAAUGAUAGCCGCACCAGUACACCCGAGCCCAAAAUGCAAUUCAAGGAUAAGAAGGAAGCUAUCGAGGCGUUCAAAGAAUUACUGAGGGAGAGGGAUGUUCCAUCGAAUGCCACAUGGGAACAGGCAGUCAAACUGAUUCAGAACGAUCCUAGAUAUCCGCAGAUGAAGAAAUUAAAUGAACGUAAGCAAGCCUUCCAUUCGUACAAGACGCAGAAAUUGAAGGAAGAGCGCGAGCAAGAAAGACUCAGAUUGAAGAAGGCCAAGGAGGAUUUAGAACAAUUCCUAUUAGAAAAUGAUAGAAUGGUAAGCACGACUAAAUAUUACAAAUGCGAAGAGAUGUUUGGUAAUUUAGAGGUUUGGAGAGCGGUUGGGGAUUCGGAUCGCCGGGAUAUCUAUGAGGAUGUUAUCUUCAAUUUGGCGAAACGCGAGAAAGAAGAGGCGAAACAAUUGAAGAAGAGAAAUACCAAAAGAUUAGCGCAAGUUUUGGAUACAAUGACGGACGUGACGUACAGGACUACGUGGCAGGAAGCGCAGGCAUUGUUGCUGCAAUAUCCUGCAUUUGCGGAAGAUGCAGACUUGUUGGAGAUGGACAAAGAGGACGCCUUGAUUGUAUUCGAAAAUCACAUCCGUCAAUUAGAGAAGGAUGAAGAAGAAGAAAAAGAAUGCGAAAAGAAACGUAGAAAACGGCAAGAAAGGAAAAACAGAGAUGGUUUCAUAUAUUUACUCGAUGAACUACACGAACAAGGCAAACUCACAUCGAUGUCGCUGUGGGUAGAAUUAUACCCAAUGUUAUCUGCCGAUCUUCGAUUUUCGGCUAUGCUUGGGCAAUCAGGCUCAAGUCCGCUGGACCUUUUUAAAUUCUAUGUUGAAGACUUAAAGUCUCGAUUCCAUGAUGAGAAGAAAAUCAUUCGCGAGAUACUCAAAGACAAGAAUUUCGAGGUGCAAGUGAACACGACUUUCGAGGAAUUCGCUACGGUCGUAUGCGAAGACCGAAAGUCCGCGACUCUAGAUGCAGGUAAUGUUAAAUUAACGUAUAAUUUAUUGCUGGAGAAAGCAGAGGCACGUGAGAAAGAACGUGUCAAGGAAGAAACGCGAAAAUUCAAGAAGCUGGAGACUGGUUUCAAGAAUUUGCUGAAGACUUUGAAUGUAGACUAUCAAAUGGCAUGGGAGGACGUGAGAUCGAAAAUCGAAGAAGAACAAGAUUUCAAGGCGAUUACCUUGGAGAGCGAAAGAAUACGGAUAUUCAAGGAAUAUCAGCACGAACUUGAAGAAAGUUGCAGUCAUCAUCAUAUCAGAAGUAAGAAGAAAAAGGCGAAAAAAUUGAAGCGCAAAUCACGAUCGCGUUCGCACAGUGAGUCAGAAGGUAGUGAAAAAGGCUUGAGAAGAAAGCGACACAAGUCACAUUCACCCAGUAUUCCUAGCAAGUCUGACAGUUCUGAAUCAGAAACGAGGAAGUCCAAGAGGAAGAAGAAUAAGAAGAAGAGAGGCCGCAGCCAUUCCCGCUCGCACUCCGGUCUUCCAUCCUCUGAAGAAUCUCCGGAAAGGAAACGGAAGGAGGAGAAGCACAGAAGGCCUUCUAUUCACAGUGAAGGUUCCGUUACAGAAAAUAACGAACACCACGAACUCUCCGAGGACGAAUUGGAAAAGCAAAGAGCGCAACUUCUACGCGAGCUCCAAAUGCAACAAGAGGAGAAUUGACGACUUCACAAAGUGCAUUUCACAAAAUGGGU